CCUAGGCGAAAGACGGCUGUAUUUAAUAUUUAGUCUUCAGUAAUUACUCACAUUAGGCCAACGUCAUGUUCAGAAUACAGUAGUAAGAGUCAAACAAAUGUGUAGAAAUAGUGAUAAGUGUGUGUGAAAUUUAAUUUUAUUUAAUUCAAUAUGGGCGUAGAAAAUAAGAAUAAUGUACAAAAUGCGGAAGGUCCGGCCCGCAAGACUUACAAAAAACCGAACAUUUUGUCCCGUAUAUUUCUCUGGUGGAUGUGUCCUGUGCUCAUAACUGGUAACAAAAGAAAUGUAGAAGAAUCAGAUCUUAUACCGCCCAGUAAUUUAUAUAAUUCAGAAAGACAAGGAGAAUAUCUUGAAAGAUACUGGUUGGCAGAGAUAGAAAAUGCAACAAUUGAGAAUCGGGAGCCAUCACUAUGGAAGGCAUUACGAAAGGCCUACUGGGUCUCCUAUAUGCCAGGAGCUAUUUUUAUCAUCAUUCAAUCUGCAGCCAGGACGUAUCAGCCGCUGUUGUUUUCUCAGCUACUGUCUUACUGGUCGGUGGACAGUGAAAUGACUCAGCAAGACGCUGGCCUGUAUGCUCUCGCCAUGCUGGGGCUGAACUUCGUCUCCAUGAUGUGUCAGCACCACAACACAUUGUUUGUUAUGCGGUUCAGUUUGAAAGUCAAGGUUGCCUGUUCUUCGCUCUUGUAUAGGAAGUUGCUCCGCAUGACCCAAGUGUCUGUAGGUGAGGUGGCAGGUGGAAAGCUCGUGAACUUGCUGUCCAACGAUAUCACGAGGUUUGACUACGCUUUCAUGUUCCUUCACUAUUUGUGGAUCGUGCCUAUCCAAGUGGCUGUUGUCUUAUACUUCUUGUGGGAGGCAGCUGGCUUCGCGCCCUUCGUCGGUCUCUUUGGAGUCGUUAUACUGAUUUUACCACUGCAAGCUGGUUUGACGAAGCUCACAACUGUUGUAAGACGUGAGACGGCUAAGAGAACGGACAGGCGAAUUAAACUAAUGAGUGAAAUUAUUGGUGGUAUUCAGGUCAUUAAAAUGUACGCCUGGGAGAAACCGUUCCAGCUGGUUGUGAAGGCAGCCCGUGCCUUUGAAAUGAGUGCCCUCAGGAAGUCCAUCUUCAUCAGGAGUACUUUCCUAGGGUUUAUGUUGUUCACUGAAAGAAGCAUCAUGUUUGUCACAGUGUUGACACUCGCUCUCACAGGCACUAUGAUUACUGCUACCACGAUAUAUCCUAUUCAGCAGUACUUCAGUAUUAUUCAGUUCAAUGUAACACUGAUUAUUCCUAUGGCAAUCGCAAGUUAUUCCGAGAUGAUGGUGUCCAUCGAACGUAUCCAGGGAUUCCUUAGUUUGGACGAGCGGUCAGACAUGCAAGUGACUCCAAAAAUGAAUGGAUCUAACAAUAACACUUUGUUUAAAUCCAAGAAGUCACCGCUUGAAGUAGGCAUCGUGCCUAAGAAAUACUCGCCUAGCGAAGUUAUGGCUGCAAAGGAGAUGCAGGAUGAUCCUACCCAGAUGGACUAUCCUAUCAGGCUUAACAAAGUAAGCGCAUCGUGGACCGGCAGCAAUAGUUCUUCAGAAAUGACACUUAAGAAUAUAUCGUUACGUAUACGUAAAGGAAAAUUGUGUGCUAUCAUUGGUCCUGUGGGGUCUGGAAAGACGUCUCUACUGCAACUACUAUUAAAAGAAUUACCAUUGAAUAGUGGUACGCUUGACGUGAGUGGAAAACUGUCUUACGCUUGUCAAGAGUCCUGGCUGUUCCCAGGCACAGUACGAGAAAACAUUUUGUUUGGUCUAACCUACGAACCCACAAAAUACAAAGAGGUUUGCAAGGUGUGUUCGUUGCUGCCUGACUUCAAGCAGUUCCCGUAUGGUGACCUGUCUUUAGUGGGAGAGCGAGGAGUGUCCCUGUCAGGUGGUCAAAGAGCCAGGAUUAACUUGGCCAGAGCAAUUUAUCGUGAGGCCGACAUUUACUUGCUGGAUGAUCCUCUAUCUGCAGUAGACGCUAAUGUAGGCAGACAACUGUUUGACGGCUGCAUCAAAGGCUACCUCACUGGAAGAACUUGCGUCUUGGUCACCCAUCAGAUCCAUUACCUCAAAGCUGCUGAUUUUAUUGUAGUCCUUAACGAGGGUUCCGUCGAGAAUAUGGGCACGUAUGAUGAGCUGGUGAAGACAGGAACUGAGUUCUCGAUGCUGCUAUCCAACCAAGAAAAUGACGCAACUGAAAACGAAAAGAAAGAUCGACCAGCAAUGAUGCGAGGAAUAUCAAAAAUCUCAGUUAAGAGCGACACCGAAAUGGAACAGAAGGCUCAAAUACAGGAGGCAGAGGAGAGAGCGACAGGUAGCUUGAAGUUCGAGGUGGUGUUGAAGUACCUGAGCUCCGUCCAGUCCUGGUGUCUGGUGUUCACGGCGUUCCUUGUGUUACUGAUCACGCAAGGCGCUGCCACCACGGCCGACUAUUGGUUGAGUUUCUGGACUAACCAAGUGGAUUCUUAUGAACAAUCUUUACCUGAAGGCGUGGAUCCAGAUACUGACAUGAACGCACAAAUUGGUCUACUCACAACUGCCCAGUACUUAUACGUUUUCGGUGGAGUUAUAUUGGCUUUGAUAGUCAUGACCCUCGUCAGGAUCACAGCUUUCGUAGCGAUGACAAUGCGAGCUUCUCAAAAUCUUCACAACACUAUUUACGAAAAAUUGAUUGUGACAGUAAUGAGAUUUUUUGAUACCAAUCCUUCUGGUCGUGUCCUGAACAGAUUCUCAAAAGACAUGGGGGCUAUGGAUGAGCUUCUACCCCGCAGUCUUUUAGAAACAGUUCAGAUGUAUUUGUCGCUGACCAGUGUGUUGGUGUUGAACGCCACAGCAUUGCCCUGGACGCUCAUACCUACCUCCGUGUUGAUUGUCAUCUUCGUGCUCAUGUUGAGAUGGUACCUGAAUACUGCUCAGGCUGUUAAACGUUUGGAAGGCACAACCAAGAGUCCUGUAUUUGGAAUGAUUAACUCCACUAUUUCUGGACUCUCCACUAUCAGAAGUUCGGGUUCCCAGGAUAGACAGAUGAAAUUGUUUGACGAAGCGCAGAAUCUCCACACAAGUGCUUUCCACACAUUCUUCGGUGGUUCUACGGCAUUUGCAUUGUAUCUGGACACAUUGUGUUUGACCUACCUCGGAGUUGUCAUGUCAAUCUUCAUUUUGGGCGACUUUGGUGAUUUGAUCCCGGUGGGCAGCGUCGGUCUGGCCGUCAGUCAGUCCAUGGUGCUGACCAUGAUGUUGCAGAUGGCAGCCAGAUUUACAGCUGACUUCUUGGGACAAAUGACGGCUGUGGAGAGAGUGCUGGAGUACACCAAACUACCCACGGAGACCAAUAUGGAGCAAGGACCAACUAACCCACCAAAGGAAUGGCCCAGUGCUGGUAGAGUGACGUUCUCAAAUGUGUACCUGAAUUAUUCCAUGGAAGACCCACCGGUGCUGAAGGACUUAAACUUCGAAAUCCAAAGCGGUUGGAAGGUUGGAGUUGUAGGCAGAACAGGAGCCGGCAAGUCAUCACUCAUCGCGGCUUUGUUCCGCCUUAGCGACAUAAGCGGCAGCAUCAAAAUUGACGGCGUGGACACCGAAGGAUUAGCCAAAAAGACUUUGAGAUCGAAAAUAUCAAUCAUUCCGCAAGAGCCGGUGCUGUUCUCAGCUACUCUGCGAUACAAUUUGGAUCCGUUCGACGAUUACAGCGACGACGAUAUUUGGAGGGCGUUGGAACAGGUGGAAUUAAAAGAAGGAAUACCGGCUUUAGACUUUAAGGUCGCUGAAGGUGGUACUAACUUCUCUAUGGGACAACGUCAACUGGUGUGCUUGGCUCGUGCCAUUUUACGCUCUAACAAAAUACUCAUCAUGGACGAAGCUACCGCUAAUGUGGAUCCUCAGACGGACGCUUUGAUCCAAAAGACGAUUCGUCGUCAGUUCGCGUCGUGCACGGUGCUCACCAUCGCGCAUCGACUGAACACCAUCAUGGACUCCGACCGAGUGCUGGUCAUGGACCAGGGCGAGGUGGCCGAGUUCGAUCACCCCCACAUCUUGCUCAGCAACCCCAACAGCAAGUUCUUCUCUAUGGUCCGAGAGACAGGAGAAAGCAUGACAAGGACCUUAAUGGAGGUCGCUAAGGCCAAAUAUGAUAGUGAUAAUAAGGAGGCUUAAGAUAAUUAUUGUUAUUUUUAUAUUAUACUAAUUUAUUGUUUACA